UUUGGGACUGAAGCUGCUGCUGCAAUUGAGCUAAAAUCUGUCGACAGUCUUUAAAUCGAAAUGGAGAAAAAUGCAAACCUGCAUCGAGACACUGACGGGAGCUCUUUGUGUGCCACGAUCGCGGGGGAGAUGGGCGACGUUACGGCUGUCGGCGGAGUGAAAGGAGCAGCCGACAAAUGCAAGAAUAGUGAGGCUCCUCUCAGUACUUUGGUUAACGUUAGUUGUAAUAACAGCACCACUAAUGUUAGUGCUCCCAGCGCCGUUAAUGUCAUCUCCACUGCCGGGAAGUCCGGCGUGCCAGAAGUGAUCCAAGUCCCCCCGGUGCAGGAGGAUGCGAAGAAGGACACCUCGACGAGCGGUCCGGGGUCCGGGGAUCAGAUCAGUAACGGGAUGGGACAUGACUCGGUGCUGGCUGCAGAAGAUAGCGAGGGUGGUGCCCCAAAGUUAGUAAACAACAAAAGCGACGGCUCGUCCACACCUCCCGCUGAGGAGGGCACAGAUGUGCAGGCUGAGGUUUCGGCUGGUGGAGAAAGUGAACCGACAAAACUUGCCAAACCGACUCAUCUGUGUCCGGACAAUACAAUCACAGCAAACGUCAAAACGGGGCUGUCCGGCGAUCACACCUUAUCGGAGGGAUUGCCGAGUGGGAGUGACCCCGAUCCCAGCCUCGGUGGAGAGUCCCGGAGCAUAGAUUCACUCGAGUCAUUCUCCAACCUCAACUCCUGCCCCAGCUCAGACCUGAACAGUGAGGGGCUGGAGGACAGGGGACUGGCCCUCGCCCUGCAGGGCGAGUACGGGGCUGAUGGGACAAAGACUUCGUGCGCUAAGGACCGGGCCGCCGGCCAGUCCAUAUACCACAUUAAGUGGAUCAAGUGGAGGGAGGAGAAUACGCCGAUCAUCACCCAGAACGAGAACGGCCCAUGUCCAUUACUGGCAAUUAUGAAUGUCCUUCUGCUUGCAUGGAAGGUUAAGAUGCCACCUAUGAUGGAAAUUAUAACUGCUGAGCAACUGAUGGAGUAUCUCGGAGACUACAUUCUGGAAACCAAACCUAAAGAGAUAUCAGAGGCUCAGCGGCUAAACUAUGAGCAGAACAUGAGUGAUGCCAUGGCAGUGUUGCACAAGCUGCAGACAGGUCUGGAUGUGAACGUAAAGUUCACAGGGGUGCGAGUCUUCGAGUACACCCCAGAAUGCAUUGUGUUUGAUCUGCUCGACAUACCUCUCUACCACGGCUGGCUGGUUGACCCCCAGUUUUUUUUUUUUUUUUAUCGUUGUUUGCAGAUGCAUGACAUUGUCAAGGCAGUGGGCAACUGCAGCUACAACCAGCUGGUGGAGAAGAUAAUAUCCUGCAAACAGUCAGACAACAGCGAGCUGGCAGGGGAAGGCAUCGUGGCAGAGCAGUUUCUGAGCAGCACAGCCACACAGCUUACAUACCACGGCCUGUGCGAGCUCACAUCCACAGUACAAGAGGGAGAGCUCUGCGUCUUCUUCAGGAACAACCACUUCAGCACCAUGAUCAAAUACAAGGGCCAGCUGUACCUCCUGGUUACAGACCAAGGUUUCCUGACAGAGGAGAAGGUUGUCUGGGAAAGUCUGCACAAUGUCGAUGGAGACGGCAACUUCUGUGAUUCAGAGUUCCGGUUGCGGCCUCCGUCUGAUCCAGAGACUGUGUACCGCGGCCAACAGGAUCAGAUAGACCAGGACUAUCUGAUGGCGCUGUCGCUGCAGCAGGAGCAGCAAAGCCAGGACCUACAGUGGGAGCAGCUCCCAGAGGGCAUCAGUGACCUAGAGCUGGCAAAAAAGCUUCAGGAGGAGGAGGACCGACGAGCCUCCCAGUACUACCAGGAGCAAGAGCAGGAGCAGGCGGCAGCAGCAGCAGCACAGGCACAGCAGGGCCAGCAGGAGCCUGCCGAGGGAGAUGAGGCGGACAGAGGAGGAGGAGGAGGAGGAGGAGGAGCAGGAGCAGGAGCAGGCGGAGCAGCAGCCGGCGCUGGGACGGCGGCAGCAGCCGGAGCCACACCCAGCCCGGGAAAACAGUCCUCGAGCGGGGAGCGGAAAGCCAAGAAAGAAUCGAAGGAUAAAGACAAAUGUGUUAUUUUGUAACAUACAGCGUGUCUGUGUGAGUGUGAGUGUUUUGUGCAUUUGCUUAUCUGUGAGACAGGGGACAGCAUUUGUUUCUCCAUGGACUGGACACGCAACGCGUGGCCCCAACUUGACAACAAACAAGGGAAGGAGACGUUUUGAGGAGAGAUGCGACUAGACUAACAGAGGAUUUGCUGUUCCCAAACCACUGGUGCCUGCUAUCCUCUAUCCUCAGUGGAACCUGGACAUCAGAGGAAGGGACACAACAACAACGACAACAACAACAACAACUACCCCUUAUCUUUCAUAGAGUCGGCCAAACUUUGUUACAAGUUGCACAGUGCACUAUAUUUGUGAUGUGGGGUCAAGUUUAUUCGGGGUGGUAUAUUUUAUAGCAAAAGACAUAAUCUGAAGAAACAAAAUGUCACCCUCUCACCAUGUUCUUACAAAAACAAUCAUUUCAUUCAUUUUUCAUUAUUACAGCAGCUUAUAAGCUUUUUUGUACGUAUCAAUAUUUACAAAGCGUAUAUAGUCAGACCCAGGGUUUUUAAGUUGAUGCCAAGAUUCACAUUUUAUUUAUGUGUCUUUUGGGAGAGGUAUAAUUUUUUUCUGUAAGCCAAGAGGGAUUUUCUCAUAAUAUUGCCUGUUGGAAAUCAGUGUAACACUAUUUGUGUCCCCUCCGAAACACUAUGUUCCCAAGGGUUAAUUCAUGCCAGAUAGCUGCCAGACACUGAAGCUAUGGGACAGUACUCAUCACAGCUCGCCCUGUUCAGAUUUGCCUUACCACAGUACGGCAGUGUGGUAUUCUGCUCUGUCUGAAUGUGAAUGUGUGUUUGUUUUCUUGUGUAUGGUGUGUACAGUACACCUGUGGUAUCCAUGUCUCUUUCACUGAGAAUCAAGGCUCAAUUUGAAAAUAGCCAAAUCUUUUACGCUGGGUUAGUUCAGCUACAAAUUCAGGACAUUUAAUGUCUUUUAUGUUGCGAUUUUAAUUCACAAAAAAACAUUUUAGACAGUCAAACUGAGAACAAUGUUGAGUAUUUUUUCCGAGAAUUUUUAUGUGAAUCUGAAGUUGUUUCUUUGCGAGACACAACUAGCUUUUGGCAGUUUAGAUUUUUGUUAGAGUGCACCCAGUUUUGAGUGUGUGGUAGUUCUGAAAGGCCCUUUUCUUUCUCACAGUCUCUUCUGGCAGCUUCCUGAAGAGCUGCAGUGUGUGUGUGCGAGUGUGUGUGCGAGUGUGUGUGCGUGUGUGUGUGUGUGCGCGCGUGCGUGUGUGUGUGUGUGCAGGCACUAUCAUUAUCUCCUCUGUUAGGAUCUGGAUGUAGAAGUUACAGUGCGGUUUUUGAGAAGACAUACCACAGAAUUCAGUCAUUUGUCCGCAAUGUUCCUCUAAACUAGGAAAGUUCAGUAGGUGAACGUGUAUGAUUCUUUUCCACAAACAUGAUCCCCAAAAUCUGUUAUGCCCCCAGAAAUUUUUCAUGGUGUUGGGCCAUUGAAAAUCUUGGGGUGACAAACCAAAACCAAAAGCCAUAACUGAAUUUCAAGAACUCUAUUUUGCUAAAAAAAAAAAAAGUGACUGGCGUCUGGAGACUGGCUUGCUCAGUGUGUGUUGAGUAAAUUGUAGUAAAACAAGGUGCUCUGUGGUGGCCUAAAUGCUUCAAAAACAGAGACAAAAGGAACGAGCUUACUGAAAAGAGUUGGGGUGGUCGGUUGAGGUGGUAACGGGCACUCUUGUGUCAGAGAGGAAAAGUAGGAAAGUAUAGAAAGAUAGAAACACAUCAAACCGGCCACAAGAGGGGGUGACCGUGUGAAAAAAAAUGUAUCCAGAAAAAAACACUGGAUUUUCAAAUUUAACGCCAUGGCUUUCUCUGACCCGAAUGAAGAAACUGAUUUUGCAGAUUCUUUAUUAACAGUUAAAAUGACUAAUUAUCUGAUCUGCAUUUAUUAAUACCAGUACAGUUGGUUAUGGGUAACCAGAGAACUCAGAAAAUCCCUGUGCCAGUUUUUCCCCUCGCCAACAUUUUGCCAAAAUUGGGAGCCUUAUUUCGCUGAUUCCCAAAAGGCUAAUGUAACAAUAGAUUUCUUAGGUUGUCUUGUUUCACAAAAUACAAAUAUCUUCACUCUAGUUUAAAAACUGAGUGCGCCACAGCCUCUUAAGACACUUUUCCAUUGCACAAUAAACUGCUAACACCCGCUAACAUCUGGCGUUUUAAUGCAAUGGGAAAGGUAACAAAAGGCAUUUUUACUCGCGCUAAAUGACUCUGCAGUAGUCACAGGUAUUUAUCGGCUCCGGCUCAGAUUGGCAUUGAUGGUAACACAACACCUGGGUAAACACACCAAUUUUAGCCCCUUCACCGGCGAGAUGCAAUGACAUGCUGACACCCCCCUCCAUGUCUGCCCAAGCAGCGCUCAAACAUCAAUCCAAAUUAGUCUGUACCAAGUUUGAAAGAGAGAUUAAAUACACACACAUGCUUGUCUGCUGCAGAGCUGUGUACACAGCUCUAGUCUUCUGUCUAUAGUCUGUUCUUAGUGCGUUUACCAGUGUUUAAAAAAUCCACGUACAUGCGUUAAUUUAGUAGAAAGGGGGUUUUAGAAAGGAGUAUGAUCUCCUGUUGGGAACCUGACUUGUUUCACGCUAAAGCUGUGCUGAGUAGUUAUUUUUUCAUUCCUUGUGCUCCAGUUUUUCGAACAUUAAUCUCAAAGUUGAUCUCAAAGUUUUUUCUGGAGCCAUUCUGAGUAGAAAUAUACAAAUGUCAUAACAAAAAAGGUAAAUUAAUCUGUUAUUCUGGAAAAUAAUAAUGAAAGUUAACAUACUGAGCUGUCCUGGGGGUAUAGGAUAAACAUCCUGAAUUCUGUGGUAUCACCUUUUAAAUUUUCACUGCAGCGUGCAAACACAUGAUGUACAUAUUUACCUAAUGCAUUCUUAUAAUGGAUUUAGCUAGUGGUUUGUGCCAUUAUUGUACCAUGGGACUGCCUCCUGAGAAACUUUUCUAUCUAUACAUUCCAAGUGGAUGCCUUGACUCAAGCCUUCUGUUACAGACUGAGGGAGACAGUCGUUGUAGGAGGUCUUUUCAGAGCUCGUAAAGCAGUCUCCAUUAUUUCGUUCAGUGAGAACAAAUCCACUGUCAGGACAGGACGAUUACAUGGAGGCAGCAGGCUACCUACUGUGUGGGAACUUUUUCUUACGGGCUUCAUAUGAUGGCUGGAGUUUGAGCUCCGUGUUUGUUUGGCCCGAAAGAGGCUGUGUUUUGUAUAUAUAUAUAACGCCUUACAACAUUUCAACAUAUUUUAUAGGACAAAAGGAAGCAGGCGUAUUACCAGAACGAGACAAUCCAUGCAUUUCUUCACACGGCAUCAGAAACACUCUCAGGCCUUUUGUGAAGGGACAUAUCCUCCUAGUGUCUUUUAUGUAUCGGCACAGUUCCUCGGCCUGUAGUCACUUUCUUAGACGCAACUUUAGGUAUCUGCUCAUGUAUGCACACAACUAUUUUGACACAUUGAAGGACUUUAACACUAUUUUAUUUAAGACCCUCAUUGUUGAACUUCAGACUAAAAAGAACUAUGAAUAAAGCUGCUCCUCUUGUGUUAACUUAGACUACCUGAUUACAAAUAAAAACCUUGAACAGGGUUAAGAAACAUUAAUUAUGCACACUUUUUUGUGACUCCUUAGCAGUUUUUUCCCCCCAUGCAGCUCAAAUAACAUGUUCAUACAGUGAAAGCAAGAAGGCAGAGGGGAAGCUUUUGGCAACAUUGUGCUAUAUUUUUGUCUGUCUUUUCACCUCAUUUAUGUCUCAGCCCAGCAAGUGAACAUGCUGAUUAAACAUUCCAGUGGAAGUUUAAAAAAUGUAACUUCACUUCGGGCAUGGGGAAAUUUGAUGCUGGUUGGCGUUCGAGCAAAAAGAGCGCGGAGUGACACAUGCCACACAUUUUUAUUAUUAUUUCAGACGUACUACUGUGCAUUAGCUCGCUGUCCCUAGUCAUUACUACAGAUAUUUUUGUUGUAAAGUGUUUCACCCUAUAGCUCCUAUGAUGAAUUGAUGAGAAGGAUAUUGUGUGUUCAGUGUCUCCAAGUGGUUUUUAUUGUAAGCCUUGUACAAGUGAUGGUGGGGUAAAUGCUGUAAAAUUAGUGUUCUGACAAGGUGGUUGUUGAACAAAUAGUCGUUGUAAUUGGUUUUGCACUGUUACAUUGAUAUGCACUAACAGAAGAGAAACAUACCUCAUUUUAUACAGAACAUAAAAUUGUGCACGAGUGCUAUUGUCCUUUGGGUACCUUUAAAAACUGGCCAAAAGAAUUAUCUCAAUGUGGUUGUGGUGUGUUAAACCAGCUUAAUAAUAUUCAUUUGUAAAAGUUUGAAAGGGCUGUUUAUUUUUCUUUUUCUUUUUUUUUUUGGCUUAAAAUGAGCGUACAUUUGUUGGAAAAUAGUACCACUUCAAUAGGACUUGCUGCAAUUUGAUAUAUUCAGGUUAGUGGUACACCUAUACCAGAAAAAAAAGGCUACCAAAACAAAGGCCCAAGUACCAGCACACAGCUCAUAGAUGCUGAGGAAGUUGUGAAUUACAACAAUGGAUAGAUGGAUGUCAUUCGAAUGGUCUAACAGCAGCAGUUUUUAUACAAAGUAUGGAAGAAAACACUGGUACUCCACUCAAGCAGCAAAAAAUGGUGUAGGUGCACCCCUAAUUCAGGUAGUUGUUUAUCCAAUCCAUUAUUUAAGUACACAACAAACAAAAAAGGGGAAAAGGCUGCUUUCUAAGGCUCGAGUGUUGUCAUCUAUGUAGCAGUGGGAAAUGUUCAUUCUUGUUGUAUGAAUCACACAUCCAGAGUGCUGAGCAGUCUACUAAAGGGAGACGUUUUCUUUAAUGCAAUAUCAAACUUCCAGAUUUUACUUUGUGGUGCAUGUAUAGCGUGGGCUGAAAAGGAGGCCAGAGUAAAAAAUUUGAUUAUUAACUACCCUGAGACCAUCAUUUCCACUGUAUGGCCCAUUGUGUUUAUAUUUCACAUGAAACAUACAAGUAAAAGGAAGGUGUUUGUGAAUAUGGGAGGUUACUCAUUUGUGUUGAUUUCAAUGUUCAUCUAUUUACAUAAAUGACCAAAUAAUGUAUGUAGCCUUUCACAUCACAGUCACACAAUGUAUAUGGUGAUAUAUAUAUAACAAAAUGCCUUAUAGACGAGGGACAUUCAACCUGAUUAGAAAUACCAGGAUAAUAAAAGACUAAGAUCAA